UGUCAAUCCAAUGCCUUGUAGGGCAAAAUCCUUCUUUCAUUCAUAAUUUAUAGUGUAUAUUUUAUUUUGCAACAUGGCUUCUUUCAUUGCUAGAACCAAGAGGUUCUCUUUGGCCACUCCACUAUUUCUAUUGGGAUUAUUCACAAUAAACCUUAUUCCCAUGGCAGAUGCUCAAAUAGGCGUAUGUUAUGGUAUGAUGGGAAACAAUUUACCACCAGCAAAUGAAGUAAUAGACCUCUAUAAAGCAAAUAACAUCAAGAGAAUGAGACUAUAUGAUCCUAAUCAAAAUGCUCUAAAUGCAUUAAGAAAUUCAGGCAUUGAAGUCCUUCUUGGUGUGCCAAAUUCUGAUCUUCAAAGCUUAGCUACAAAUGCUGAUAAUGCACGUCAAUGGGUACAAAAAAAUGUAUUGAAUUUUUGGCCUAGUGUGAAAUUCAAGAUAAUUGCAGUCGGUAAUGAAGUGAGUCCAGUUGGAGGGUCAGCCCAAUAUGUUUUACCUGCCACCCAAAACAUAUAUCAAGCAAUAAGAGCACAAGGUCUUCAUGAUCAAAUCAAGGUUUCAACUGCUAUUGACACAACCCUUAUUGGAACCUCUUUCCCACCAUCUAAAGGUUCUUUCAGGGGUGAUGUGAGGUCAUACCUAGACCCUAUUAUAGGGUACUUGGUAUAUGCAGGUGCACCGUUACUUGUCAAUAUUUAUCCCUAUUUUAGUUAUGCAGGUAACCCGCGUGACAUAUCACUUCCUUAUGCUCUUUUUACCUCCCCGAAUGUUAUGGUACAAGAUGGUCAAUAUGGGUACCAAAAUUUGUUUGAUGCUAUGUUGGAUUCAGUGUUUGCAGCCUUAGAUAACACCGGGAUUGGUUGGGUGAAUAUUGUUGUAUCUGAGACCGGUUGGCCCUCGGACGGAGGGGCUGGUACUUCAUAUGAUAAUGCGCGUAUUUACCUCGAUAAUUUGAUUCGUCAUGUUGGUAAGGGUACUCCAAGAAGGCCUUGGGCUGUAGACACUUAUAUUUUUGCUAUGUUUGAUGAGAAUCAAAAGAGUCCUGAAUUGGAGAAACAUUUUGGAGUGUUUUAUCCCAAUAAACAAAAGAAGUACCCAUUUGGAUUUGGAGGAGAAAGAAAAAUUGCGGAUGGUACCUUCAAUGCAACAACUUCUCUUAAGAGUGACAUGUAAGAGGUUUUCAAGGUUUGAGUUAUUUUAUGUGUAAAAUAAGAGAAUAUCUCGUUUCCUUUUUGGAUGUAAAAGGAUUGGAAUUAAUAUUGAAGCUUGUAUUACAUAUCUAUCUAUAUUAUUUAUUUGAGUUGGUAAAUAAACUUCUAUCAUUCUCAGGAAA